CAUGCGUCGUGUUGUGGCGCCUUGGCGCAUGUUUGAAUGAGCGCACGUUGUCAUGAGGGGGACACUGAGACUGCCGCUUCGUGGUUCGCGUCUUUUUUGCGGCACGUCAACAAUAGAGCGGGCGUUUGCGAGCAGAUUGUGAGCGGCAGCCUUUCUACGACCAUGACUCGCCGGAUAGCGCACAAGCUGGAGACGCAGUGGCGCUCCCAGGACGUGCUUCAGUCGGAGGACGAAAAUGCCACUUUCGAGGAGUUCCUUCUCUCUAAGCAGCUACUCAGUGGUCUCCGCAAGUCGGGAUUCGUCAGGCCGUCGCCAAUACAGCUGCGUGCCAUUCCUCUGGGCCUCUGCGGUUUUGACAUGGUCGUGCAGGCAAAGUCUGGCACUGGCAAGACAUGCGUCUUCUCUGUGCUCACCCUACAAGCUGUCAACGUCUCCAAGAAUGCAGUACAGGUUCUGAUCCUGGCGCCGACACGUGAAAUAGCUGUUCAGUCUUGCGACACUGUUUGCUGUCUUGGCUGUGACAUGCCAGAGCUCAGGGCAUAUGCCUUCAUCGGGGGCAUGCCGAUAAAAGAGGACCUGCAAAAGCUGGCACGAUGCCACGUUGCAGUUGGCACUUUAG